AUGGAAAAAUCCAAAAAUUUCCGCAUCGACGCCCUGCUGGCGGUGGACCCCCCGCGAGCCACCUCCGCGCAGAACUCGCCGCUGGCCUUGGUCACGUCCCUCGCGGCUGCAGCAUCUGGCCCCGGCGGUGGAGGAGGCAGCGGUGGCGGCGGGGCAAGCAGCGGAGCGAGUGGCAGCUGUAGCCCCGCGUCCUCGGAGCCGCCCGCGGCUCCAGCCGACCGUCUGCGCUCUGAGAGCCCUUCACCGCCGCGCCUGUUAGCUGCGCACUGCGCUCUGCUACCCAAGCCCGGCUUCUUGGGCGCGAGCGGAGGCAGCGGUGGUGGCGCGGGCGGCGGACCCGGGGGCCCCCACCACCACUCGCACCCCAGCGCAGCAGCGGCCGCCGCCGCAGCAGCCGCAGCCGCAGCGGCGGGGAGCCUGGCUCUGGGGCUACACCCGGGGGGCGCACAGGGUGGCGCGGGCCUCCCGGCGCAAGCAGCACUGUAUGGCCAUCCGGUUUACGGCUACUCGGCGGCGGCGGCGGCAGCCGCGCUGGCCGGCCAGCACCCGGCGCUGUCCUACUCGUAUCCACAGGUGCAGGGCGCGCACCCUGCGCACCCCGCCGAUCCCAUUAAACUGGGCGCCGGUACCUUCCAGCUAGACCAGUGGCUGCGCGCGUCCACCGCUGGCAUGAUCCUACCCAAGAUGCCCGACUUUAAUUCCCAGGCACAGUCGAACCUCCUGGGGAAAUGCCGCCGGCCGCGGACCGCCUUCACCAGUCAGCAGCUGCUGGAGCUGGAGCACCAGUUCAAGCUCAACAAGUACCUGUCGCGGCCCAAGCGCUUCGAAGUGGCCACCUCACUCAUGCUCACCGAGACCCAGGUCAAGAUUUGGUUCCAGAACCGGCGGAUGAAGUGGAAACGCAGCAAAAAAGCCAAAGAGCAGGCGGCGCAGGAGGCGGAGAAGCAGAAGGGCGGCAUGGCGGGUAAAGGCGGCGGCGGUGCCGAGGAGAAGGCGGAGGAGGAGACGCUGGGGCCACCCGCGUCCGGGGACAAGGGCAGCGGACGCCGGCUGCGAGACUUAAGGGACAGUGACCCCGAGGAGGAGGACGACGACGAGGAGGAUGAGGACCGUUUCCCCUACAGCAACGGCGCCGGCGCCCACGUCGCCUCCUCCGACUGCUCCUCCGAGGAUGACUCGCCGCCUCCGCGGUCCGGCGCGCCCGGCCACCAGCCCCCUGCCCAGUAG